GCAAAGGGGCAGACAGUACCUCCUGGCCACACUCUGCCUGCUGGAAAGGCUGACUCUUCUGGCUCAGGGUUUAGGUCUGUGUACCAGGCACUCACAGCUCUUCUGGGCCCAGUGCCAAGGGUGCAGUCCAUAGAUCAGAUAGUCCUGUCAGACUGGGCCUGACAGGAAAACCACAAUACCCCCAAACAGGGAAAUGGAGGAGGAUUAAGAAAGGGAUCAGUAGCAAAGGAUUGGGCAAGAUUAAGGGAAACCAACAAGGAUAAUGCUGCUUCCUGUGCCCGCAGGGUCAAGGAGAGGGAACAGGGUGGGUCCAGAAAGAGUUGGUCUAGGAAGGGGCUGCCAGGCACAACUGAGAGUUCACUGGAGGGAACUGGCCAACCGCAAGACCUGGUGAGUAGGGAGCCUAGGAAAUAAAAGCCCUGACUUCACUCUCCUGCUGUAUGCCCCAAGAGUGGGUCAUCCUUCAAGUGGGUUCCUGGAGGAGAAGACAGAUGGUGGAACGAACUGCAGUGUCCCCACAGCCUGCACCUGACCUGCAGAGGCACAGGUGUGCCACUGGCCCUCAGCCUUCAGGCCUGUCUAAUCUUUGGCUGAAGAGUGAAACUCAGGGUGACUUCAGUAUCGAGUUACGUCUGGGGACCAUACGCUUGAGGUUUCUCCAGUCUCUGUCAGACCAAAGCCUGAACAAUAAAGCCAAGAUGAAAUAUUCAACCACCAAGAUGCCCCCAGCAAAGAUGAACAGCUCAGCAGACAAAACCCCAGCAAAACUUUCCAAGCUGAGAAAAUCCCAACGCAAGGCGGAAGGAGUGUGCCAGGUGUCCUUCAUGAAGCUCCGCUCCGGUCUUAUCAUAGAAAAAGCCUGUUACUUUAGGGAAAAAAACACCAAAAGGAUGUCACCAAAAACAGGUGACAAGCGCAAAAAACUACCUCUGCUAUUCUCUGCCUAUCAACAACUGCCUAUGAAGCAAAAUCAAAUCCUUCAAAGGUCUGAUGUGGUGACCAGACACGCCUUGGAUUUUAUAACCAAGGGGCAGGAAAUUUCAAGUACCCAAGAAACUUCACCUGUGUCAGGAGAUUAUGCUUUGAGCACAUUCAAUGAUCGGUUCAUCACUUUUGCUUUUGAGGACGGGACUUAUACCAUCUACGUUGAACACCUGGGAAAAGACGAAGAGAAAGACAAGGUGUUACUCUGUUACUAUGUUUCAAAAUCCCCUGCAGGUGAACCAGGUGAUGAGGUCGAUGGUAAAAAGCUUAUGGUAAAGCUGAGUCUUACAAAAGACAAAAACUUCUGCCUGCAAGCCAACAACCAGAACCUCUCUCUGGAGAUACGAGAGUGGCCAGAAGACAAAAAGCCAUUGCCAGACCAGGCCUUCUUUCUCCUUCAUCAGCCAUCCGCUGAUUGUGUUUCAUUUGAAUGCAAGAGCAAUCCUGGAACGUUCAUCGGAGUCUGCGAUAAUCACCUUAAGCUAAUUCCACAGGGCCAGCUUAACGAAAAAUACUCAAAAAAGAUCAUGUUUAAGCUCUGUAAAAUUUAAAUGUAUUGGAAAGCUGUGGAUCCUGGGUCGAGUGGUCCAAAUAGGCACCACUGGGGAAGAGACGAGAAAAGGAAAGAGACAAGCCACAUGCAAGGGAAAUGGCAAAAUCUUAGCAUGCUAUGGAAUGUUUUCCUUGUCAUACAUGAAAAUUUUUUCCUAAGCUUUCGGUUCUGUUUUUAAUUUUCCUCUGGAUUACUGUACAUUCAGUACAAGUAUGAGUAUAUUAAAUAGGGUAUUGGUAAUGAAACUUGCAGACAUUCUAAAAGAGAUACAGCCUGAUCUUCACUUUUGUACAGUUUCAGUCCUGAAACAGCUUCAUAUUUAGAGUCAAGCCUUCUGGAGAGGAGCAAAGGCUAAAACCCAAGCUUUUCUUUGAACAGGGAUCCAUCUUAAAGAGCUACGCAGGGACAUAAUUUUCCCUGGUUCCAUACACUAAGUUCAAACACUAGAGCUGCUGAUAAAAAGACUAGGUGCUACCUGGAUUAACCAUUUCUCCACUGGAAUAAACACCAUGUCUGCUUUUAGAUGCCCUAGGUGGCACUCGGAUCAGGUCUCUCAAACUGUCAGGAGUUGUGGGGCUUCAGAUACUUACAUGUCUAGGCAGUAACAAAUGUAUGAAAAGGCAAGGAUGAGCAAAACAUCAGAAGAGAAAUAAAUCAGGUAAUUGAAAAGUGAAUAAUUUCAUCCCUAUUUGUAGCAUUUUUUAAAUUAUGAUUUUUAUAUACUCAGUUUACUUUAAGCAAGUCAUUCCUACAUUAAAAAAAAAAAUAAAUCAAACCCAUUGCCAUCAAGUCGAUGCCGACUUUAAGGACCCUAUAGGAAGUGAAAUAAAUUGUCGUUCAGUCAUAUAAUUGAAAUCAUUGUGAAUGUACCACAAACCUUUUUUUAAAAGCAGUAAACUACAACAUAGGCUAGGGCAGUGAUUUCAACCUGAGGCCUAAGUACCACAGUGAGACUAGAAGUCCUCAGCCUACUAGAGCUGGGAUGAGACAUAGAAUGGACAUUACAAUUUCCAUAACUGGCUGGUUCUCAUGUUUGUGACACAUCAUGUCUUCUGACCCUGGCUUCCAGGGAUCUAUGACUUCUGAUGUACUCACUGUCACCUGGGACAAAUUUUUUCUAAUCCUUGCUUCCUAUGUACACAAGUUUUUCUGCUGUCCAGCUUCCGGAUGACCCCGUAUAGUGUGACUUAUCCAUAUGACUUCUGUCCCCUCCCCAUUUCUUCUGGACAACAGUGGCCUUGAUGUAUUUUUUGUACCCCCUGAGCUUCAUUUCCAUAUCACCUGACCUCUAGAUGCCAACACACUUAUUCUGCUUCAUCCACCUGCUAUUACAGAAUUUUACGUAAGCCUACAGAUACAGAUAUUUUUAUUGAACAUUUUUGUGUUUUACAGUUACUAGGGGAGUAAAAUGCAUACUCAACUUUACAACAACGUCCAGCUACUCAAGGGAUUGUUUUUGCUUGUUCUGAAGUCAUAGCAAUUUCUAACACAAUUUUUCACAGGUUUAACACAACAAAUGAUGAAAAAAACAAAAAACACCUGAAGUCUUAGAAAGUGUGAUCUUUCCUGAAAGUCUGGGCUUUUUAAUUUCUAAUUUGUUGAGACCUAUUAGAUAUAUUUGCUGGUGGAAUAUGAGUUAACGGAAAAAAAUAAAUAAAUAAACGACUAAGAAUUAUUGUACUAGGGCAUACAAUUGUAGACCAGUAUCUCUUGGCUUCAUUACUUUGUCAGUCAUUACGUUACAGAGAUGAAAAUAAAAGCACAAUCUAUACCAUCCCCCCUGAAUGAAGAACACUGACUGUGGACCGUGUGCAUCUGUAUGAUAUACUUAGAAUGACUGUUAUUAUAUAGCCAAAUAUAUCCAUUACAAUACUUAUAUUCUUAAAUAAACUGUAUUUUCAAAAGUAUGCGAGGCCAUAAUGAUCUUAUCAUAAAAUGCCUCAAAAUCCUGACAUUCUUAAGUGAGUGCAAGCACACGUCAAUUCAUCAAUGUUGGUAUCAAGAGUAGGUCAUUUGUCCGAUACUUUUUGUGACUGAAAGCUAAGUGAGAGUUGAGAUUCAGGAGGGGGAUUUGGAAAGAAGGUUGCUAAUCUAAUAAGAACGCAGAAGUCUGAUUUAAGUCUGAAAAGAAUAAUUCAUAAUCCCCACUUCUGUAAAACAAACAAGUCAAAAAACAACAAUUUCAACCGUUGUGCCUCAAACUGGAUUCAUUCUGCUGAGAAAUGUCACAAUGGGUAGAUAAAUCUUCAACUGGGGUACUCCAGUGGCAGUAGGGGUAGGCUUAUCUCAAAAUCUCUUCUCUCCCCAUACUACAGCGAUUAUAGCUCAGAAAUCUCAUCUUCUAGCAGUUAUUUGUAAAUACAUGCUGUGUGUUAUUUGUAAAUACAUGCUGUGUGUUAUUUGCAAAUACAUACUGUGUAUACAGGACUCUGGUAGACACCAUGAAAGCACAAAACGAACCUAAGCUAUCUAUGCUCCUUGUCCACAGGGAACUUAAAACAUGUACAAUAUGUAUUCAAACUCCAACUUUGCA